ACUAUUUGACUCCCCGUUUAAUACACGAAUUAAUUUCCGUUGCCUAUUUAAAUACACAAACUUUCGAAAUUCGCAGGUUUUACACAUAGUUUUAGACGGUGUUAUCUAUAUUUAGCGGAGGUGAAGACGACGUCAGUGUUUAAUUAAACAUGUGCAUAAUUUAUGAAAAGAAAAUUUCUUAAAAAUACACGAACUAAUUUUUAUUUGUUAAUAAAAUACACGAACUAUUUUGGAUCCCCAUUUAAUACACGAACUAAUUUUUGCUUCUCAUUUAAUACACAAACUUUUAAAAUUUUCAAAUUUUACACAUCGAUUUAGACGACGUCAACUAUGUUUAACAUGAUUUAGUGGAUAUCAACUAUGUUUAACAAAAGUGAAGUAGAUGUUAGUGUUUAGUUAAACAUGUAGUUAAACUGCGAAAGACAAAUUCUUUAAAAAUGCUUCUGAUAGAUUAUAUUGGUAGUUUUCUUCUUCAUAACACUUGCAUAGUAUAAAUUAACCUUGAUUGACGAAAAACAAGAAUCAGAAACUAAUUCCAAAAUCAGAAACUCGUUUAAAAUUACCUAGUUUUCUUCGUCAUUUUUCAUGACAUGGAAAUAAACUCCACUUUGAAGCAAUAUAAAAUGAAAUCAAAGCGAAGAAGAAGAAAAUGAACAGAGUUUGAUGAGCAAAAGAGGUUGGAAUAGAUUAGGGUGUCAAACUUGAAUUGAAGCUAGCUUGAAUAUAAGUAUCAAUCGAUUCGAGAGGUUUUGGUUGAGGGUGAGCGUGCUUUUCACAUUUUAACCAUACGUUUAGUUAAAACUAAAGUCAUUUAUGUUAAACGUAGUUGACGUCGUUUAAAUCGAUGUGUAAAAUCUACAAAUUUUAAAAGUUUGUGUAUUAAAUAGGAAACAAAAAUUAGUUCGUGUAUUAAAUGGGGAUCCAAAAUAGUUUGUGUAACAAAUGAAAAUUAGUUCAUGUAUUUUUAAAGAUUUUUUUUUCAUAAAUUAGACACAUGUUUAAUUAAACAUUAACGUCGUCUUCACUUCCGUUAAAUAUAGUUAACGUUAUCUAAAACGAUGUGUAAAACCUGCGAAUUUCAAAAGUUUAUGUAUUUAAUAGACAACAGAAAUUAGUUUGUGUAUUAAACGGGGAUCCAAAAUAGUUCGUGUAUUUUAUUAGCAAAUAAAAAUUAGUCCGUGUAUUUUUAAGGAAUUUUCCCUAUUGAGAACGGCUUUUAUGUUUGAUGGAUUUAUGAGUACAAAAGACAGAAUUUGAAUUUUGAGGUGGAAUGAAAUUAGUGUGGUUAAGAGAAAUUUAUGUAGAAAAACUCUGCUAAAAUUCUUGAGGAGACUUUUUUUUUUGUAACACACUUGAGGAUUGUAUAUAUAGAGGUCCUCAGGCCUCCGGCGAGCACAACCUGUCACCGGUGGGGCUUACAUCUCCUUCACCCGGCGGUCUUAGUGGACCCUGCACUUCAUCCGUCAAAAUCUCACUUGUAUGGGUCUCAUCAAACACUUGGGCCUCUCUUGAUGCUAUGGGCUUUCGCUCUUUAUCUAUGGCUAAGUGUAUUUGGGCCUUACGAGUUUUAACAAUUCACUACCAUAUCUUUUUUAGGCGAAUAUCUCCGAUGUUUCCAUUCAUACUGUACUCUCCAUUGUCAAAUACAUUCCUGGAACCGGAGAUGAAGCUCGUGUUAACCGUCUCACCAUCCCGCUCACUGAGCAUUUCAACUUUAAAGGCUGUACCGUCGUGUGAAGUCUUACUCCGACAGUCCUUUCGCUCUUCAGUGUAAUGUAAUCACCCGAUUCGGUCAACAACUAUUUUUUAGAAGAUGUACCGUUGACGAUUCUCUGUGUAGUCAUACUUUGGCAGUUUCUCCGCACUUCAUUGCAACGUAGGGAGAUCCAAGUAUUUUCAAAGACAGUUUUUAGCUGCUCUCAAAACCCAUUGAUUGGGUUCUUCAAUGUCGAUUUCAACUUCAUCAUGUUCUUUCGAAUGUAGGUUCGAAUGUGCAUUUCAGUUUACCGUAGAGUUUUUCUCCGGUUGUAACUGUCCAUUGGAAUUUAGUUUUUAAUAUAAUCAGUUGUUCAAAAAAAAAGAGGACUAUAUCAUUCCUUACGCGCCAAGUCAGCACAAAGUAUCCAUAUACAACCGUAACUUAUUAGUUCAUGUAAAUUAUACAGUACUGAUUUGAUUAUCUCAGUCAUUCUAGUUUCAAAAAUUGAAGUAUUUUUUUGUGCAGAUUCAUCAACUAAAAACAAAUCUUUCUUCGGUGAAAUCUGAAUUUUUGUUUGUCUUUUCAAAACCGAAUUGAAACUGUUCUUCAUCGUGGUUGACAUCUUUCGAUUAGAUUUUGAAUCAAUAAAAAAAUCUUUUUCCUUUUUCGUGUAUGCUUAAGUUUGAAACCCCGUAUGUUUUAUGGAGUCGCCUCUGGUUAUCCUUAACUUUCUAUUCCAAUUGGUCUCAUUCUUUGCAGUUAAUGGGUUUUAAGCAAAGUAUCCUUGAAUAAUGUAGAUUUAAGUUUAGAUAAACUCGUUGCCUGGGUACAUAAUCAGUAGAGUUGAAACUGUCCUUUUGGAUAGUGUUUCAACAAAGACUCUGUUUUCCAGUUAGUUUCCUGAAGCUUGACCAUUGAAUUUCAAGUCCGGUGGUUAGAGUGUUUGCUACUUGGAAUAAACGGCGACCAGAGAAAGGAUCGUGUAAGCUGUUUCGGGAGGAUAAUGUGACAAGAGAGAGAUGAAGAUCAGAUCCAGAAAAGCCAUGGUGAAGAAGCUUCCCGGUGAAGCGUUUGGCGGUGGAGAAAACUCAGUUUCGCAUGGUUGACGCGUGUAGAUACGUGUGUCUGAUAAGGACGGCUGCUGUAAAGCACAUGGCGAGAAAAACUAGGGUUGGAUCUGUAUAAUUGCGUUUAAUGUUAUUUGUCUUGAGUCUUAUCUUGUAAAUAGCCUAUAUCACUUGUAUCAAUUGUCCUUUGGGCUUAUGAAAUGAAAUCUGAAGGUUGACAAAAAAAGAAAAAAAAUUUCAAUGAUCAUAUCAACUUUUUAUUUAUUUUCUGCUUAUUUUUCUAUUAAUGAAGUGGCCAAUUUUUUUUUCCUUUGUUUAUAGUUUUCAAAAUUUUAGGACCAGCUACAAGGACAUAAACACACUUCAUAACAACAAAUAUGGUGUUUUCACAACAUAAAAUUUCCUAAAUUAGAGAUCUAAUGCCAUCUAGAUGUGAUAUUACAAACGUGAAUCAAUGGGUAAGAAGUAUUUUAUUCAUUGUGAAAACCGAAAUUCACCGUCGAUUUCUAUUAAAUUAAAAAAGCUAAGAAAACCUUAUUUUUCCAGAAGUCCCAGAUAUCUGAGAUAUACCAUGGAUUUUACUUGUUUUUAAUCAUGGUAUAUAAUUGUUUUAGGAACUAUUUAUUAUGUUUUGAAGUUUUAUUGAGUAUUCACAAGUUCAAGAGUGUUUUGGUGAUUUAUAGUAAUUUUGGAGCAUUUUGGAGCAUAAGUUAGAAGAAACUCGUAGCUGCCCAUCAAACAAGUCCAUAAUCGACACUCGGAAUCGACAAAAAACUCUUGUCGUCGAUCAACAGCGAAGCGCACAAAGCCCAACUUGGUUUCUAGCCAACUUAUGGCCCAAGUUCCACAUCAUUUACAAGAUUACUCCUGGCCGACUUUAAUCUAAUAUUUAUGUGCUCUUCCAUUGUUUUAGGAAACACAUGCUUACUAUACACAUCAAAUAAUUUUUAGGAUUUUUAAUUGUUUGGAGAAAAGAUCCAAGAUUCCUUCAUAGAUUUGUAUUAAAAUUCCAGUUUUUCUACCUUAUUCUAUCUAUGCAAUUUAUUCAAAUAUUUGCUAUGUUAUGUUUUGCUAUGUAUGAGUAGUUACUCUUGUUAUAUUUAAGGUUAGAAGUAAGGUUAUGAAGGAUUAGCUCAAAAUAUAAAAUAUAGAUACACUAAAGUGGUAAGGUUUCCUUCAUAGGAAUUGUUGUUAAUUCUUGUGUUCUAGAGUAGCUAACUAGAACCCUGAAUUUAGGAUAAUUAGGCUCAAACGAAAGCAUGGUCUUUUACCUAAAUUAAUUCUUCUAAGCUGGGAUUGCUAGAAACAAGUGACAGCUGAUCUAGUCAAACUACUGAACUUAUCGAACAGCUCGGUAACGCUUGACUAGGUAAACAUCGAGCAACGCUAGUCACAUAGCAUCGAUCGACGUUCGAACUAUAUCAACAAGCAACGGCUGAGAUAUAGACUUAGAUCAAUAGGAUUUAUUCGCACGCGAAAGCUGGAAUAUAUUGCAAUUAGAAUUUGUGUUCUAGGAUUGAAACCUUAGCAUCUAUAUCACUAUAAUCCCACUUACCUAAAAUCCUAAAUCUAGCUAUUUCUCAUAAUUGUUUACAACUUCAAAUCAAUCAAUCAACCGAACAAUUGCCUUGUUCACCUCUGCUAUUUACUGUUUAAUUGCUUGCCUAGCUUAAUCAUAAACUUGUUAGGAUCUAUUGUGUGCCUUAACCUUAGGGAUUCGAUCCCUAAGUACAAUAACUGAACCUCUUAUUUGAGAGAGUAAAUUUACUCCUUGGGUAAUUUGCGUGAUAUCAAAUUUGGCGCCAUUGCCGGGGAGCUUCAAUCGCCAUUAAAUCUUAUUAGUUAGAUUUAGUCUAGGUUCUUAUUGUUAUUGAAAGUUCUGAUAAUUUUUUUUUCUUGAAUUCUUUUAGGUGAAUGUCCAGCAGUACCAGAAGCAACAAGGAAAAAUCCAUGCUUUUCUCAGAUCCCGUACGUUUGUAACACACGAUCCGCAAAGAGAAACGAGCCGCAUCGAUCGACAACAAAUCAAAUCCAUCGACCGACACUUGUGAGCUACAAUCGAUCGACACUUGUGAGCUAUUGUCGAUCGACACUUUUACUUGAACAUCGAUCGACAUCCGUCCACGAGACAUGGUUACAACUCUAGUUUUGGUGCAAGAUGAGAAUUGAGACCUGCAUGACCAGGAGGGUCAUCUGCGUAAUGCAGCAUGUCAGAGGUUAGAUGAUCAAAGGGAUGUAAUUCUUGAUCAUGAUGAUGAUGUCACUGCAGCCGAUGCUCAGGCUGUAGGUGAUGAUGUGCAGGCUGCUCGACCCAGAACGUUGGCUGAUUACAACCAUCCAGAUCAAUACUACGCCAACAUAUCUGAUAUUCGUCCUCCAGCUAUUCAGAGGAACAAUUUCAAGCUGAAGCCUCAUUACUUUACACUUGUGGGACAUACACCUUACUGUGGUCUUCCACAUGAGCAUCCUAUGGACCAUCUGGAGCGGUUCGAGGAUUUGGUUUCUGCCAUUAAAGCCAAUGGAGUCCUUGAGAACUAUCUCUUUUGCAAGAUCUUCAAGUACUCACUAGCUGGAGACGCUUCGCACUAACUUAAGCAGCUACCACCAGCAUCUCUUACAUCAUGGAUUGAAGUCAAGAAUACAUUCCUGCGUAAUUUCUUUGAUGAGGGACGCACCAAAGAGCUGAGAAGCAAGAUUGCUACAUUCACACAUGGGCCUAUGGAGUCAUUCAGAAGCUCUUGGAUGAGAUUCAAGUCCUAUCAGAGAGAUUGUCUACACCAUGGAUUCAAUGAAGUGCAUCUGCUCAGCACUUUCUUUAGAGGAAUCACGUUGGCAUAUCAGAUGGCUCUGGACACUGUUAGUGAAAGAAACUUCAACACUAGGAAUCCAAAAGAGGCUGUAAGACUCAUUAAGAACUUGGCAUCCAGCAACAACACGAAGAACAUUGAUUUUGAGAGGAAGAUUUCGGUCACUACUCUUGAGAAUGAGCAAUUGGACGAUAUCAAGGCCAAGCUGAAUAGUGUUCAUAAGCUUCUCAAGAAGCAUGUUAGUUUUGCAAAAGAUGUAGACGUUGACAGUGACAAAAACGACGAGGAAGAUGUGAACUUCAUCAGUGGUAAUGAUUUAUAGAAUCAGCAGUUCACAUUGGUGUCAAUCGACACCAAAAAAUGAACACCAAUGGAGUCAUCAGAGCACCGACCUACACAUCCUGUCCAGCAUCGAUCGACACCUUCCAGUGAGAAUCCUGACUCACGAAGAGUUCGCAGCUCGACAUCCUCAUCCACCCCAACUCUAUUUUGUCACCUCCUCAUGUUUGAACUUUAGGUAUUUGGUCCUUAAAUCAAUAAACCUUGAGAGGCUCGAGGUAAAUUCCUUUUUUCAUAUAACCGUUACUGAAAUCGACUAGUUUCUGUAGAAAAAAACUGUUAUCCGUUGUUAAUAAAAAAGUGAAGUAGAGACAGUUGGAUUAGUUUUAUCCAUUCAUAUAAGGAAUAAAGACAGCAAACAAAAGGAAAUUAUCCAUUCAAAUUGUUUUAAAUACACUACAAGAAAAAUGGGUUUUAAUAGCAGAUCGGGAUAGCGUUUUUUUCGAUUAUGCUAUUGUUGACAUAUCUCUUACUUUUAGAUAGUGUUUGCGAAAAUACGAACGCUAUGUUAGGUUGGUCCGAUUUUAAUUUCUCCAAAACACUUUUCGGACAUAGUAUACAUAGCACUUUUAGUUUUGAAACGCUAUGCAUAUCUAAAGAGGAAAAAUAAUUGAUUUUCCCUCUCGUACUUGUUUUACUUUUCCUCUUACUAUAUUUUACAUAACACUUUUCGUGAAAAAUGCUAUAAUAGCAUAUGUUUAAUAGACAUAUAUUUAAUAGCACAUAAUUAAAAAUGCUAUAUUUGUCUUUUUAAAUCCCUAAACCGUAAACGAAUUUUUAAACCCUAAACUUUAAACAUAUACUUUAAACUCAGAUAUUAUGUAUAUAGUCAAAAACUAUUUCUGUUUCAUAAAUUUAAUCUCAAUCUCAAUACCCCAAACUUUUAACUCUCAAACCCUGGGCUCAAACCCUAUACUCAAACCUUUAAAACCUUACACUAAUUUCAUUUACUAUAAUUCUUUUAUUUAAAAUCUUUAAACUAAUUUAAGAUUACAGUUUAAAAAUUAAUCUCAAAUCUCAAUACCCCAAACUUUUGAUCCUCAAAUUCUAUUAUAUUUUAAAUUUUAAUUAUCAUGUUUAAUUCUUUAAAUUUAUGCAAUUUUUGAAGUGAAAUGAGAAGAACAAUUUUAUUAUUUUUAGGACCAUUAAUUGAAUUUGAUCUAGUGGCAACAAUCAUUAUUUGACUUUUGAAUCUCUAAACCCUAAACUUUAAACACAAACUUUAAACUAUAAUACUAUACACUUUAUAAUACAUGAAAACUUGAACUUCAGAUCUUAGAUAUAAAAAUAAAAAAUUGAAUAUUUUUGAAAUUAUCAAAUCAUAUAAUUUUUUUUAUCAAAUCAGUUUUUAAUCAUAUAACCACAAAACUCAAAUGCCAAACUUAAAUCCUCUAGUUCAUAAACUUUAAACUAUAUUUCAUAUAUCCAAAUUCUAAACCUUAAUUUUAAAUUUCAAACUUAAAUCAUCUAGUUCAUAAACUUUAAACUAUAUUUCAUAUAUCCAAAUAUAAAUCACAAAAUCAAAAAUUUUAAACAUUUUCUUAAAAUAAUUUUUAUUUUCAAAAAUAUAUCAUAAAUAUUUUUAUACUAAACACACAAAAUAAAAUAAAAAACAAUGUUAUUAAGAAAAAUAGGAAUCAAAUACAAAAAUUUGAUUGGUCAACACAAACUGACCAAUCACAUACAAGGACAGAGAUCAUGCUUUAUGUAAUCACAACCAUUGAUUAAACUUUUUGAAGGGUCCAGAUUAUUCCUACUUCUUCUCCUCUCUCUCUCUCUGUCGCUUUUAUUUUCAGAUCCAAAAUUUUUGCAAGUGUCUAGACUCACAAAACUCAUCUUCUUUCUCUCUGCAUCUUCAGUUUCUGUAAAUCACAGACUCAUCUUUUUUAAUUAGAUUUUUUUUUUGAAUUUGAUCUAGUGGCAACAAUCACCAUCCUCUCUGUCGCUCAGUAUCCUUCUCCUUACAGAUAAUGGAGGUCGUGAGACAACAACAGAGGAGGAGCAUCCCAUCUACUCUAUUCUCUCUCUCUCUGAACCGUGAUGCCUCCUCUCUGUCCUGUGACGAAAUGACGCCUCCUCUCUGUUCUGGUUUCAGAGAAAGACUAGAGCAAUAGCGUAAGCUUGGAGAAUCAGAGCAAGGUGGGAGAAGACAGAGCAACGGCGUCGGUGAAGACCGAGCAGCGGCGUCGGGGAAGACAGAGCAGGGGUGGCGUUGGGGUAGACAGAGAUGGUCGCGAGCAGAGAUGGUCGCGAGCAGAGAUGGUCGCGAGCAGAGAUGGUGGUGCGGCGGGUGAGGACUGGAAGAUGAAGAAGGCAACAAAGGUCAUGGCUUGAUAAGACGACGAAGAUCAUGGAAGAACACGACAACGAAGGUGGUGGUGCGACGGGUGAGGGUUGGAAGAUGAAGAAACGACGAAGGUGGUGGUGUUGGGGUGGCGCUUAGUUAGUACUAAUUAGGUUAAAGGUUGGUUUAGUUAGUAAUUAGGUUAAAGUUUUUGGUUUAUUAUUUAAUUAGAUUUUUUUUUUGUAAUCCAAUUUUGCUACAGAUCAAUAUCAAUAAAGAAAUUUUAAAUAUCUGAAUUAAUUUAAAUUUUAAUUAUGCUUUUAUUUUUAAAUUAUUAACUGAAAAAUAAUUCUAAAAUAAAUAAUUAACAAAAUAUAAUUAACAAUAUAUAGCAGAAACAAAUUGCUAUAGUAGUUUUAACAAUAACAAAUCAAAAACGUUGUUAAUAAAAUAAAUAAUAGCAUUAAAGACAUGCUAUUAAAAUUUAUUUAAUUGCAUAUUGAAAAGCGCUGUAGCGGAAGAAAAAAUAGCAAUGCUAAAAACCGCUAUGUAAUGUCAUUUACCUAUUAUGAUGGGCGAUGAUACAGCGCUUCAAAAACCGCUAUCGUAUUGUUACAUAGCGUUAUUCGUCCGCUAUAAAAACGCAUUUUUCUUGUAGUGAUAAAACACAUAGAUUAGGCAUUUAGUGUAUGGCUUCCACUUUCCAUUAUCUAAAAUAUUCCAAAUAUUUAGCAUAGAUUAGUCCUCUAGUGACGAACAUUAAUUAUAACAUAAUCCAUGUUGGUGGAAAAAGAAUAAAAAAAGCACAACUAUAACUGUAACAAACAAAUAAACUAAAACUGAAACAGAAAUCUAUGUUUUGACUUUUUUUUGGUUCGUAGACGUUCUGAUAUCUUCUCUUCCUGUCUCCUGAUACAAAUCUGUAUAAAAAUGGCGCAACAUAUCCUUAAUCAGCGUCCAGUCUCAAGACGUCCCAUCUCUCGCCUUUGUCGCAAUGGUUUCUUUCUCCUCCCUCUCGUUCUACUUGUUCUCCUCGGUGUAGUCUUACCUUGGUUAGGAUCUCCCUUAUUAUACAAUACCUCCUCUUCUCCUUCUUUUCCUCCCCCACUCUCCUAUUGGCGCGAAUAUUCCUUGACUCAAGCCACCAAAUUUGUCGCUAAGAAUGGGUCGACUGUGAUUGUCUGCACUGUAAGCUAUCCUUUCUUGCCUUUUCUCAACAACUGGUUGAUUAGUGUUUCUAGACAGAAUCAUCAAGAAAAUGUUCUUGUGAUUGCUGAAGAUUACGCUACUUUGUACAAAGUCAACGAGAAAUGGCCUGGUCAUGCCGUUCUCAUCCCUCCAGCAUUGGGUUCUCAAACCGCACAACAUUUCGGUUCCAAGGGUUUCUUUAAGUUUACAUCUCGGAGGCCACAACAUCUCUUGGACAUUUUGGAGCUAGGUUACAAUGUAAUGUACAACGAUGUUGAUAUGGUUUGGCUGCAAGAUCCAUUUCAGUAUUUAGAGGGAAGCCACGACGCAUACUUCAUGGAUGAUUUGACUAAAAUUAAGCCUUUGAAUCACUCCCACGAUUUACCACCUCCAAAUCGAAAAGGAGCCACUUAUAUAUGUAGCUGCAUGAUUUUCUUGCGUCCCACCAGUGGUGCAAAGCUUCUAAUGAAUAAAUGGAUUGAGGAACUUGGUUCCCUAUUUUGGGCUAAACCUAAAGAAGGAAAUGAUCAACCUGCCUUUAACUGGGCACUUAACAAAACAGCUCAUGAGGUAGAUGUUUACUUACUUCCGCAAACAGCUUUCCCAUCAGGGGGAUUGUACUUCACAAACGAGACAUGGGUUAAAGAGACAAAAGGGAAACAUGCCAUAAUCCACAAUAACUACAUUAUCGGUUACGACGAAAAGAUGAAACGUUUCCGCGAUUUUGGUCUAUGGCUCGUCGAUGAUUAUGCUCUUGAGUCGCCACUAGGAAAAAUAUAAUGAAUUGGAAAACGCAAAAAUAUUGUUUGUUUUCUCUCUUUUUCUUCUUGUUAUCUUGAGAUUAAAACUAAUUUCAUUUUUUUGGAUCAAAUUAAAAGUAAUUUAUAUACUGAUUCUUUUGUGUAUAAUAACUGUCUAAUGAUUCUGUAACACAAGAUAAAACAAAUUGUUGAAAGACCAAAGAAUACUUUAAGAUUAUCUGUAUGGUAUACAGUGACAACAUAUACUAUAAUAUUUGAUUCGUAAUUAAUCGAGCACAUGACACAGACGUGCCAACAACUAACUAGAUUUGUUUUAUUUGUUUAUCGUGAUGAGUCUGUUCGUGCAAGCCAUUGGAAACCCGCUCGUGGUUAAUGUAGUCAUUUCAUGGAUUGUUGAACUUCGAAAUAGGAAGUAUUUCAGCAAAUUUCAACUGCGUUUUAGCCUUAUUGUGACGUUUUAUCUACAUAUAGUGCACGCAACGCGAAACAUCAAACCCCAUAAUAUUGUUGAUAAUAUAAUACAUGUCAUCAUAGUGUAGGUUAUAUCUCUUUUGUCAUUUGUGUUAUACAUUAUUAAAAACAAAUUAUAAAUUAAUAAUAAUGGAGAUUGAGUAUCUCUACACGUUGUCAUUCCUGAACCGUGUCGCUGACUUUUUUUUUUUUGUUUCUCAUAUUUUCACGUUUUUGGAUCCGAUCCCAACUUACGAAAAUUUUCUCACCAAUUUUGAUUCAUCUCCGGCUACAACAAUGGCGCAGCAGCAACAACGUCCAAUCUCAAACCGUCCCAUUUCUUUUCUAAACCGCAACGGUCUCUUCCUCCUCCUUCUAGCUCUCCUGUUUCUCCUCGGUGUAUACUUACCUCUGUCUGAAGCUCCCUUAUUCCUGUUUCCAAACAGAACUUCACCAUCCUCUUCUCCUUCUCCUUCUUUUGUGGUGUCUGACUGGCGCGACUAUUCCCUUGCUCAAGCGGCCAAGUUUGUGGCUAAGAAUGGGACGGUGAUCGUCUGCUCAGUUAGUUAUCCUUUCUUGCCUUUUCUCAACAACUGGCUGAUUAGCAUUUCUAGACAGAAGCAUCAUGAAAAAGUUCUCGUGAUCGCUGAAGAUUAUGCUCUUCUGUACAAAGUUAACGAGAAGUGGCCUGGUCAUGCCGUUCUCAUUCCACCAGCGUUGGAUCCUAAAGCCGCACACCAUUUUGGUUCCCAGGUACACCGAGAUGUUUCACCUUUUCGUAUGCAAUGUCUAUCUCUAGCUUUAAAUAAUAUGAGAUGGAUCCUUACAUAAGUUCGUUUAUUAGCUACUGUUAUUUCACUCUGAUCAUAAGUUUGUGAAUUGAUUUUGCAUCCCAUUUUUUUUAUACUAAUUUUUGCAUCCCCUGUUUUGAUUGAGUUUACGAUAUAAGUGCUUAUCAGCUCUCUUUUAUGCCUUGCGGUACUUAUUCCCUUGAAGUUACAACUUUAACUAUAAUGAAUUAUGAUUGGUUAGUUUGAAGACAAAAUGAUUGAUCUGGUGGAAGCGUAGGGAUCAUAUGUAUGUAAUGCACCAUAUGUCCAUACUAGGUUCUAUUCUUCUAUCCCAGUUCGAUGCCUAUUCAUAACUACUAUAUACAUACCAAAAAGGAUUGAUCUACUUAAGGUGCCGGUCCUGAAAAUUCUAAUGUUAUAAGAGAUUAAAAAAUGUUUUGGCCCUCUUAAAUCUUAUUCUGAAGAUCUUAAAUUUCUAUUAUUAUGUAACUGAAAUCUUUAAUUUAUUAAGAUACUAGGUGGUAACUCCGUGCAUGGAGUGAAAUAUAUAUCGAAUUACUUAUCAUAUAUUUACAUAUUUUUCAGUUAUAAAGGGUUGGAAUAGAAUUUUCAUCUUUUCUAACUGUGAAUUAUAAAACAAAUUUUCUUAAGUAUUACAUUUUCAAAUUUAUAUAACUGUGUAGUUUUUUUUGUUGUCUCUCACUGUUAAAUUCUAUAACAAAUUUGCUAAAGUAUUACAUAUUUAUAUCUAUAUGGCCGAGUUUGGUAUUGGACUUGCAAAUUAAAAACAAAUAGUAAAUAAUACAGUAGUAAUUCUAGAAAUUAAUACCUUGUAAAUUAAUAACACGAUAAACUAAUAAAUUUCUCCGAUCCUAAGUUGGACCGAUAUAAAAUAUGACGUAGUUUGAUAGGAUAAUAAUUUUUAGAAAACUCUUAUCUAAAUAUAUGGCCGUAUUAAAGUUAUAAAUAAUUAUUUUAGAAAUUAAUUUUAUAUAAACACAGGUAUUAAUUUUAUAUAUUAUAAAUAAUAUAUGUAUAUAUCAAAGGUUUUCAUAUAUUUAAACAUAUUGGUCCAAGCCAUGUUCGGUGGGCUUAUAGCAAGACCAGCUCUGCCCACUGUGAUAAUAAUCUACACAAAUAACUUGUAUGUGAAUAAUCCAAUGUUCUAACCAAUUUUAUCAUCUCUGAUUAGGGUUUCUACAAUCUUAC